CCCCCCACCCGCCCGAUGUUCUCCCUCUCCAGCAGCUGCGAGUCUGGGGACACUGCUGGCACCAUGGGCCUGCUGCGGGCCCUGCUCUGCCUCUGGCUACUAGCCCAGGCUUCUCGGGCUGCCCGGGUCCGCACCCGCCGGGAGUUGGCCCCCGGCUUGUACGAGCACGGGGUCUACGAUGCCGGGGGGUCCUACUGCCAGCGAGGGGAUGUCUGCUGCCGCGGCCGCGACGACGGCUGCACCGUGCCCUACCAUGACACCCUCUGCUACUGUGACCUCUUCUGCAACCGCACCGUCUCUGACUGCUGCCCUGACUUCUGGGAGUACUGCCUGGGCAUCCCGGCACCCUUCCCCAAAUCUCCAGGUUGUGCCCGUGCUGGCCGCAGCUUCCCCACUGGAGCCACAUACCAGGAAAACUGCAACCUGUGCACCUGUGUCCCCGGGGGGCAGUGGCAGUGCGAGGACCACGCGUGCCUGAUGGAUGGGGAGCUGAUUGAUGCCAUCAACAGGGGCAGUUACGGCUGGAGAGCUGCCAACUACAGCCAGUUUUGGGGCAUGACGCUGGAGGACGGGAUCCGGUACCGCCUGGGGACCUUCAGACCCUCCGCCACUGUCAUGAACAUGAAUGAGAUGCACAUGAACAUGGACUCCAACGAGGUUCUGCCCCGACACUUUGAUGCAGCUGCCAAGUGGCCUGGGAUGAUCCACGAGCCCCUGGACCAGGGCAACUGUGCUGGUUCCUGGGCCUUCUCCACAGCAGCUGUCGCCUCGGAUCGCAUCUCCAUCCACUCCAUGGGACACAUGACACCCGCCCUGUCACCCCAAAACCUCCUGUCCUGUGACACCCGCAACCAGCGGGGCUGCAGUGGGGGGCGGCUGGAUGGUGCCUGGUGGUACCUGCGCCGGAGGGGGGUGGUGACAGACGAGUGCUACCCCUUCACCAGCCAGGAGAGCCACCCAGCAGCACAGCCCUGCAUGAUGCACAGCCGCUCCACGGGCAGGGGCAAGCGUCAGGCCACGGCACACUGCCCCAACCCCCAGACCCACGCCAACGACAUCUACCAAUCCACCCCUGCCUACCGCCUCUCCUCCAGCGAGAAGGAGAUCAUGAAGGAGCUGCUGGAGAAUGGCCCUGUGCAAGCCAUCCUGGAGGUGCACGAGGAUUUCUUCAUGUACAAGAGUGGGAUCUAUCGGCACACACCCGUAGCUGAGGGGAAGGGGCCAAAGCACCAGAGACACGGGACCCACUCAGUCAAAAUCACUGGGUGGGGAGAGGAGCAGCUGCCUGAUGGCCAGACCCAAAAAUACUGGACGGCAGCCAACUCGUGGGGCACAACGUGGGGCGAGGGUGGACACUUCCGCAUCGCCCGUGGGGUCAACGAGUGUGAGGUGGAGACCUUUGUGGUGGGGGUCUGGGGCCGUGUCAGUGUGGAGGACAUGCCCCACAAGUGAGGGUCCUGAUGCCCGCAGCCCCCACCAUCACUUGCAGGGGGUCCCCUGGAUGUCCUUGUCCCAAUGAGGGCCCUACCCCCCGCACUCCAGCCCCUCCUUCCCAUCCUGAGGGCACCCGUGGGGUGGGCCCCCCCUGUGCCACUGGGCAGGGGGCUGGGACUGUCCCCUGGGUCCCCAUCCCUGGGGGCUGUUUGUCCCCACUGUGCUGACACAGCAGCUGGGUGCAGCGGGGCGUGUGGCCGGGGGCUGCUCCUGCAUCCCAGGGGAUUUACCCCCAAAUCCUCUGCUGGGGGCUCCCCCCGGGCUUUGGGGGCUCCUCCAAAGGUGGGUACCCCUCCCCCGAUGACUUCACCACCCACUGGCAGGGGGAUGGGGGAGCCCUGCAGUGGGACCCCCAGGGCUCCGCAUCCCUCUGUCUCCCCUCCAGCUCCCCUCUUCCCAGGCACCCCUGGAGCAGGGGGUUAAACCCAGUGAUGCCCAAAGGGGUUCAUCUGUGUCCCCAGGGAUGGGGGAGCCCCAAGGCUGGGUGUUGCCAGCUGGGGUUGGGUUCCCACUGUCCUCCCUGCCCGUCCCUUUGGUGCUAUGGCCCCUGCCCCCCCCCCUGAGGACAGGGGAGGGCUCAAUCCUGCAUUCUCACCGUCCUGGUGGGGCCACAACUGGGGACCAUGAAGUAUCACAGCCCGGGUCCCCUUGCCCAACCCCCCCUCACACUGGGCUGUACUUUUAAGACUUUUUUUGUAUUUAUUUUGCUUUUUAUUAUUUGUAAAUAAACUUACUGAAUCCUCAGUGC